AUGAGUUUCAAAGGGCUCACCAAGGCGGUGACAAGAGCACCUCAAAAUUUUAGACAAAAGUUCAAUAUGGGACAGCAAACUGAGGAUGCUGUUUAUGAAGACGCAGAAAGACGGUUCAAGGAGCUCGAAACUGAAACCAAAAAACUGAGUGACGAGUCAAAGAGAUACUUCUCCGCGGUAAACGGCAUGCUUAACCACCAGAUUGGCUUUGCGAAAGCCAUGGAAGAAAUCUUCAAGCCUAUCAGCGGAAAAAUAAGUGAUCCCAACGCAUCCAUUCCUGAGGAUAAUCCUGAGGGUAUUGAGGCUAGCGAACAGUAUCGUACCCUAGUUGCCGAACUGCAGGCAACUCUAAAACCUGAUUUGUCGCUAAUUGAGGAGAAAAUCGUAAAACCAUCUCAAGAGCUGUUGAAAGUUAUUGACUACAUCCGUAAAAUGGCUACAAAGAGGAACCACAAGAAACUGGAUCUUGACCGCCACUUAAACACCUACUCCAAGUAUGAAAACAAGAAGGAGCCCACCCCCAAAGACGAGGAGAAAUUGUAUAAGGCACAAGCCCAGAUGGAAGUCGCUCAGCAGGAGUACGACUACUACAAUGAUAUGUUAAAAACAGAGCUGCCUUUGUUGUUCCAGCUUGAAGCCGAGUUCGUGAAACCCCUGUUCGUGUCCUUCUACUACAUGCAACUCAAUAUCUUUUACAGCUUGUACAACCGCAUGCAAGACAUGAAGAUCCCGUACUUCGACCUCGAUACUGACAUUAUGGAGGCCUUUGUUGCAAAGCGCGGCAACAUCGAGGAGCAGACAGACUCCUUAACCAUCACACGCUUUAGAGUCGGCUAUGGAAAGGCUAAGCUCGAAAUGACAAAGAAGCGGUACGGAGUGCAGUCUCCAACCAGUCCCGGCUCACCAGUAUCUGCCCAGUCACCUGUUUUCGCGUCAACUCCUACGACUCCCUCGUUUGCGCAACCACAGCAGCAGCAGCAACAGUACGCCCCUCCUCCAUACGGACAGCCUCAGGUUGCGGGAGCCCAGCAGCAAUACCAGUACCCUGCGGAGAAAGCUUCCUACACUCCUCAACCCGCUUCCGCUUACACUGCAUACACCCCCCCUACAACUGCUCCUGCUUCAGCCCCAGAAACGGUGACUGCCCUUUACGACUACCAGGCACAGGCGGAAGGUGACCUUACUUUCCCUGCGGGUGCCAUCAUUGAAGUGGUGGAGCGCACAAACGACACUAAUGGCUGGUGGACGGGUCGCUACAAUGGCUACCAGGGGGUUUUCCCAGGAAACUAUGUUCAGCUCAACAAAUGA